UUCAGUGGUGUAUCAAGCUAUAGGCGAGACAUUUUGUUAAAAAUGCGCUCUCAAACAUUUUGGAGCUUCAUCGUGACAACUUUUAAUAGGCUGAUUAGAUUCUAAGUUUUUCCUUGAUUCCAGCUGUAUUUCAAAAAAGGACUCUGCAUUAUUAAUUAUGAACCAAACAUCCAAAUAAAGACUCUCUGUGGUUAUGCUGCGGAUCUUUGAAAAUCUGAGAGGCUAAAACAUUUCAGAAAAUGCAUGAGUUUUAUAGAUGUAUGUGUAACAAGUCCAGUGUGGCCUCAUGAUUAGUGUUUGGAAAUUGAUAUCUUGAUACAGUGAUAUAUGUAGGGCCUACACCCCAUAAUCCUGCAGAUGAGAAAUGAAAAUACAACUACGAGAACAAAAUGUAGAUAAGCUGGAUGUUCAAGAAAUGAAUAAGCUAACCAGACCGCGCCAACAUCACCACACACACGAAAGAUUUCCUGCUACCUGCUGUCAUUGACUACUGAAUUAACGCGUUUUGGGUUUCUCGUCGAGAUGCAACGUGUACUCAGCGCUGUCUCUUCCACUCAGCCACGCGGGACAAGAGUUCGCUUGGCUGUAUUGCUGUUUUUUCACUUCAUCAUCUUCGUGCAAGGCUGGAGUUUUGAUAAUCCCCACGUACCCGUCAGUUUCUGUCAGACGCCUCGGGACUGCGCAGGGGAGGAAUGGACCGACCCACUACCCACCUGUGAGAACUUUCGCUGCGUCUGUCCUUCGGGAACCUGUGUUGUGUACACCAAUGGAAAAUCUGACUACCUAUUCUUCUGUGGAUCUUGUGGCAUGCUGGGGUCUGUGUGCAAUGACACGACUGACUGCACGAUGGACUGGCGGUGUGAGAGAGGCUUCUGUGAGUGUGACAUCGGCAGCGUGCACGAUGGAGUAUGCCUGUACUACGAGUCGACAGUAUCCUUCGCCGUCACCACUGUGGUUUUUAUAUCCAUCCUGAUAUUCCUAAUCAUCUUUCAAAACCUCAUCAAGUCGAGGAAGAAACUGAAGAAACUGUGCUGCAGAUCAUCUAAUUCAUCUUAUGAAAGCGAUGACGAUCAAUUAUCAAGAAUCGUCGCCAGCAACCCUCAAAGCAACGAGAAAUCCGCGGCUUUCACUAUUGCCAACUCAGACUUCAUAACAACUGAAGAGGAUCCAGACUUAGCAUGGGUCUUCGAGUUAUCCCGCCGUCUCGCUGAAGGAGGAGAGCUGGACGCCGCAACCUUGUCCUCUACUUUGUCUUCAUUGCCACGCUACGACCCUCGCUUCACCGAUCCCAGCCCGCCCCGGCCUGGCACGUCAGAAUGGAGAGAGCCUUGGAGCGAAUCAAGAUCUCAGCGUUGCUUCUCCAACUCUUCGCUUUCAUCAACAUCAUCCUCACAACACGACUCUUCCUCCUCCUCUUCCUUUGACACUGCUUCCUCUUACAGUUCCACGCUUCCCCCCGCAUCACAGUACUCAUCCCUCGCCUCUGAGUCUCCAUCGUUCCUUAUGAGUGUUAGCGACGAGGUGUCAAUUGUCACAUCGAGAACUUAAUGAGUGGAGUUUCAGCAUGCAGGAUUAUUAGUUUGUGAAGUGAUCUGUGGCGAGUGAACAAUGAAUUGGUACUAUAUGAUAUUUGUUAUACAACUAUGGCUUUCUGGAUUCAUUAAAGAUACCUAUAUAGUACGUGA